UGGCUUUUCCUGACCCCCCCCCACAUUCCUCGGCUGACCGCAGAGGUCAUGUGAGCCGGCGCCGCAGCGGACUCACACGCUCCAUCCCGCCGGGCCGGCAGACAGGACCGGCAGAGGCGCUAUCCAUGACGCCACAUUUUUCUGAUGCGCGCUGACGUUCUGCAGCGGCAUGAGAGCUGGACUCAGGAGGACCAGAACCGCCAGACCUGCAGGGUCCACGAGAUCCAGCGCCGUCCAGGAGGACCAAAGGUCAGAGCUGAGGUGAGCCGCGAUGUUGCCAUGGUAACCAUCAAUACAGCAUUCCAGGCUGGAAGAGAGAGAGAGGACAGAACCCUGAAGCUCUACCUCUGGCUAUGGUGUAGCGGGAGACCAGUCCACCCUUGACCCGAGGAUCACAGGUUUGGUUCCCCUCCUUUGCCCGCCGUGUGUCCCUGAGCCAGAUGCCGACACCACAGCGCUCCUGGUGAUUCUGGGACGGCGUCGUACGGGGGGGGGGCUGAAUGCAUCAGAACCAUCUGUGCUGCUCAACCGAGCAAGAACCAUCCAGUAACGCGGUGCUGCUGUGGUGCACCUGCUGCACCAGCGUCUUCAAGUCGGUGACCGGCCGCUUCCUGAAGAACCUGGCGUGCUCCAGCAUCGGCGCUGCCCUGGUCUGCAUCCCCUUUGACGUGGCACUGGGGAGCAGCCCCCCCUGCUGCCCAUGGCUGCAGGGGGGGCUGCUCUGCAAGGCCCUCAAGUUCCUGCACAGACUCUUCUGCUCCGCCUCCGUGCUGAGCUUUGGCGCCAUCGCGUUGGACAGGUAUUACUCGGUCCUCUACCCCCUGGUACGGAAGCUCUCGGACUCCCGGUCUCGGGACCUGGUUGUCUACAUCUGGGUCCACGCCGCCGUGGCCAGCCUCCCCGUGUUCGCUGUGGCCAGCGUGACGGACGUGUUCGCCGCCUCCUCCUGCUCGGACGGCCCCUCCCACUCCCUGGGUCACAUGGUCUACGUGCUGGUCUACAACCUGAGCACUGUGGCUCUGCCGCUGGUGCUGGUGUUGGUUCUGAUGCUGCUGGUCCGCCGGGCCAUCAGCGCCAGCCAGAAGAAGAAGGUGAUUAUCGCCGCGCUGCGGACGCCUCAGAGCAGCAUCUCCAUCCCGUACGUGUCGCAGCGGGAGGCGGAGCUGCACGCCUCCCUGCUGGCGGCCGUGCUGACCUUCUCGGCCUGCAGCGCCCCCUACGGCGCCCUGGUGGUGUAUCGUGCCGUCCUGGCGGACCCCGUCGAGCUGUCACCGUCGCUGUACCUGACGGCGCUCUGGCUCCCCAAGCUGCCACUGCUCACCAGCCCGCUGCUGUUCCUGACCAUCAACCGCUCGGCCCGCCACGGUUGGCUGGGCCUGCUGGUGCGGCUGCAGCGCCGCCUCAGCCGCAGGAACGCCGUCAGCAUGGGAGGGCGGGGCUCACUGGAGGCUGACAGCGGCGGGGAGGAGCCGGCGGGGCUGGAGACCGCUGGCCGGUCGGGGAGCCAGCUCUUGGAGAUGUUCAACAUCGGCCAGCAGCAAAUCUUCAGGCCCGAGGAGGAGGCGGAGCCUAAGCCCCUCCCUCAAGACGCAGGGAGCGGCUCGGGCUCCACGGAGCAGAGGGGGGGCCCGGAGGCAGUCAGCCCCAGACCUGAGGCCAUCACAGAGGAUUCCGUCCCCAGAACCUCCCCGCUGCACAUCUGCACCUCCUCGUCUCAGGUGGCGCCCGCCACGCCCACGGAGCCGGACGACUCCCCCCAGUUUGGCUUCGGACCCUUUGAGCUGCCCCCCCAGUGGCUACCGGAGACCAGGAACAGCAAGAAGAGGCUGCUGCCCCCCCUCGGGAACACACCCGAGGAGCUGAUCCAGAGCAAGGCACCUCGGCCACGCCCCGAGCGGCGCAUCAGCAGGAACAACCGAGUCAACACCAUCCCGGCAGUGGACCCCUGAGGAGGCGGAGCCUAAACCUGCUCUGACAGGACAGGUGAAGCCCCCUGCUGUUGGACCGAGAACAGAAGGUUCUGCAGAACAGACCCGGAAGAUGGUGGAACCGUCAGCGCAGAUGUUUAUUUACAAACUCAUCAGUCCUCCAAACCUGGAAUAAAGGUGUGGAAUUGUG